AUGCAUGAGCAGUCAACGAAGGCGUUGGACAGCGACGGCAGCGCAACAGGUUGCGAUCUAUGUGCCGUUGCCCGGGCCGUAGGGGAUAGCGGCCCGAAUGGCGACCUCCGCGGCGUGCAGGGCAAGAGCGGUGUCAUGAUCCACUUUGACGCCAACCUGUUUGCAGAGGCCGCCAAAAGGCCUGACCGAAGGUUUCCGCCACUGAGCCCAGCCCUCAUGAAAAAGUUGAUCCACGGCAGCAUCAAGGGCCGCGGCGGCCUGGCGAACAAGAAGGUGGCAGAGGAUCACUUCGACCGUCCAAUUGACGGAGACUUCAUUUUCUUGAACGAUGCUGGGCGGAACGUGCUGGAGAGCCUCUUGGCGCCGUUCAAGUCGAAGGAUGGCAAGGGGGCCUUGGCGCACUACCUGGAGCACACGGAGAUCACGCUGUGCCUCAGCCAGGACGACGAUGAGUCAAUGGAAGGAAAGAAGAAACUGAACCGCGGCAUGAUCAACCAGAUUCAGCGCUGGCACGUGAUCAGCACCGAGCCCAUGAAAGAGAUGUACGGAGACAAGAUGAUGGGCGCAGAUUCUGCCGAGGACCCAAAGGAGAAUGAAGAACAGCAGCGAGACGGUGACUCUUAUGAGCCUGCCUUCUUCAACCACUUGCCGGUGACGCUGUACUCAGACGCCCUGGCCGCGUACGAGAUCACAGGCGUGCUGGAUUGCACGCCAGGCGCAGGAGAUCUGGCCAAGGCGGCCUUGCUGCGGAUUCCUUACAUGGCCCUGACCAUGACAGAGACUCACGCUUCGCUUCUCCAGAGUGAGCUGGUCAAGUUUGUCAAGCAACAGAUGCAGACAGAAGGGUCUACGUUCUACGCGCCUGAGUGGGCGGCAGCUGGCAAGAAGGAUGCGGAAGCCGAAAAGGGCAAGAAGACGCCAAAGCGGCCGACGCCCGCCCCCGGAGAUCCGGCGCCUGAGCCGGAGCCUAAGAAGCCAAAGACGACGAAUAAGAAGACGGGGAAGGCGGAGAAGAAGCAGAAGAAGGAAAAACCGACUGGCAACGCGCCGCCGGCCUCCCAGCUGAUUGACGAUUCUGAAUCAGACUCGGCCAGUCAGUGA